AGAUGAAGUAUGACGACAAGUGGAAAUUGAUAUCAAAUCAAAUUUAUAAUCACAAACUCUCUCAUAUAAGAUAUUGUGGUUUAGCAGUUAAUAAUUCAGGCUCUGAAAUCAGACUGCUAAGAUUUUAUUCACUGACUUCACUACUCAUUAAUGUGGGUUGUUAAUCCCUCUAACCCUAAACCUUGCCUGUACGAUGGAGAGAAUAAUAAUGUCUACCUUGUAUAGUUGCUGACACAUUUCACAAUGAAAUGAAUAGAAAGUCUCUGGCAUAUAGUAACUACUCAGUAAGCUCUAGCUGUUAUCAUUAGGAGCAUCAUUAUAUUACAGCAUUCUAAAUCUAUAUCCUUUUUUUUCCCUUGAUAGGUUCAAGUUUCAUGGUCUUAUCUACUAGUGCCAUAGACACACACCAGAGUCAGAUAAGCUUAGAUGUGUAUCUUAGCUUUAUGUUUGAGGGUGGGUUUUCUUUUUCCCACACUGUUCUAGUUUGCUCAAUUGUAAAGUGGAUAAUAAUAAUAGUUAUCUAAUUGUGUACAUUAGAUCAUUAUGUCCAUCAAAAAUGUGUGCAUGUACACCCCUCAAAGUUCUAAUGCCCUUCACUGAUUCUCAUCUUGUUAAGCAGUAUUUUUAGUGCAAAAUACAUAGGAACAAAAACCAUUUGCAACUAUAAUAAAACAAUUUCUAACUGUGUGACAUUAAGCAAAUGAUUUAAGGCAUUAAGAUUAUUUUGAGGUUGAAAAUGACAAAAUUUUAAACAUGCAUAUAUAGAGAUGAUAUUGUUAUGGUCUGGCGUUAUGAGAGACAGCCAGCCCACUGAUGAGGCUCUCCAGAACUGAUAAGCAGUUAUUCAGGUUGGCAAAGGGAGGCUGGAGAACAGACUUUAGUGCAUACAUUUUGUAACAGUAGCCACAAACUGAUUUUGUGUGUUUGACCGACUUCAUAAGUUACUUUUAAUAAUAUUUACCUGAUGCUUUGAAAACAGCCACAGUAGCACAUUGUCCUAGUCUGAAAUGAUUAUGUUAUCCUGAAAUAGUGCGCUGGCCUCCUUUGCUGGGUUUUAUUAUGGUAUUUCUUUGAUUUUGGAGACGCAAGCCCUAGACUAGCAGAAUGAAGCAUUAGUAUUACCUAGCUACUUAAAUGCCAGACUUAUUCUUUCCAAAAUGGAUGUAAACAGAACAUGCCUCUCUUCUUCAUCCUUCAAACCUGGAUUCCUUGCCUCGGUUCAAUACUAUCUGUUAAAGUAGCUUCAGACAGAACGGAGAAUGUCUGUGCUCCUCUUCUUUAACACUGUUGGUCUGAAGUCAUAGAUAUUCCUCAGUGAAACUGUCUAAACUCUCAACACUUCAUUCCUUGUCAAUUAAACAAUGUCACUUGAUGCUCAUUUUCAUUCUUUUUGUCUUAGAAUAUUUUCCAUUUUCCCUAAUUAGUCCGAAUCUAUGUGAUUCUGAGUAUUUGGUGCUAGAUGUUUAAAAAAAAAAAACAAAAAACCCAAGAUCUCUAAUUGUCUAAUGAAACCCAGUCCUUCAAAACAUGUAGAUACGUUUUACAGGAUUCCAAAAGCUCCAAGGACAAGAUGAACAUAUCUCCAAAUUAAGGCAAAAGUUGAGAAGGCUCAUUGAUAUAUACCAUCUCCUUUGAGACCAUUCUCCCUUAUUCCACAUUUUAUACUGUUAGAAUAUUGAGUGAGCUGAAGCUGAGAGAAGCUGGGAAGCAUUCCACCAGAAAGAAGGAUUUCUAGCAUUCUACAGGAGUCUGGAUAGGGGGAAAAAAAAGAAAAAUAACACUUUAUGACAGGACUAGGGCUUUGCACAGUCCAGUCCUAUUUGGCUUCGUGGCUGACUAAUGAAAAUUAAAUCUCUGAGGAUACUGAGAGCCCAGAUUAUUAAAUUCUGUUAUUUUAUGUCAAGCCGGGACACAGAAGGACCAUAAACACUAAAAUAAGAGUUCUUAAUACCAGUAAAAUUUGUUCAUGGUGCAUUUAUUCUGCAAAGUCUUCUCUGACCCCUCUACUCCUCUGGAUUGCUCUAAGACCACACUACUCACACGGUUCUCUGCCUUACCACGACAGUAUCAGUAGCAUGCGUCGGAGCCACAGAAGCUCGGUAUGAAAUCCUGCCUCUACCACCUGUUUCCUACCUGAUCAUAGACGAGUCAUUCAAACUCCCUUUUCUUACCUUUGAAAACAGUAAAACCUAGUUUUAAGAGUAGCUGGGAGAAGAGAUACUGUGCACAGUGUAAAUUUUCGGAUACAUAAUUGAUGUUCAAUAUUGCCAUGCUGCUUGCUAUUGUAAUUUGUUUCUCUCUUUGUGCAUCACUUGCAGACCAAAAUAUAGAUAACCAUAUUCUCAGAAUGUAAGGAAGUGUUGGGUAUUCAAUAUUAUUUUACCGAUUGGUUAAAUGACGAUUGGUAGCUAUAGACCAGUUACAGAGUUCUGUUUCAUUUCCCCUGCAGCUGACUGAAGAUGAACCCUGAAAACUGGACUCAGGUAAGAAGCUUUGUUCUUCUGGGUUUUCCCAGUGGCCACCUCCUACAGUUCCUGAUGUUCCUGGGGUUAAUGACCACCUACAUUGUAACAGUCAUAGGCAACCUGCUAAUUAUUGUGCUCAGCUGGAUAGACCGACGCCUGCACACACAGAUGUAUUUCUUCCUGCGGAAUUUAUCCUUCCUGGAGCUGUUGCUGGUAACGGUUGUGGUUCCCAAGAUGCUUGUCGUCAUCCUCACGAGGGAUCACACCAUCUCAUUUGUCAGCUGCAUCAUCCAGUCCUACCUCUACUUCUUUCUAGGCACCACUGACUUCUUCCUCUUGGCCGUCAUGUCUCUGGAUCGUUACCUAGCAAUCUGCCGACCACUCCACUAUGAGACCCUGAUGAGUGGCCAUGUCUGUUCCCAGCUAGUGCUGGCCUCCUGGCUAGCUGGAUUCCUCUGGGUCCUUUGCCCCACUGUCCUCAUGGCCAGCCUGCCUUUCUGUGGCCCCAAUGGAAUUGACCACUUCUUUUGUGACAGUUGGCCCUUGCUCAGGCUCUCUUGUGGGGACAUCCAUCUGCUGGAAAUGGUGACCUUCAUGCUCUCUACAUCAGUGUUACUGGGCUCACUGACUCUGACCUCAGUUUCCUAUGCCUGCAUUCUUGCCACUGUUCUCGGGGCUCCCACAGCUGUUGAGCGAAGGAAAGCGUUCUCCACUUGCGCCUCGCAUCUCACAGUGGUGGUCAUCAUCUAUGGCAGUUCCAUCUUUCUCUAUGUUCGUAUGUCAGAGGCUCAGUCCAAACUGCUCAGCAAAGGUGCCUCCGUCCUGAGCUGCAUCAUCACACCCCUCUUGAACCCAUUCAUCUUCACUCUCCGCAAUGACAAGGCGCAGCAAGCACUGAGAGACGCCCUGGGGUGGCUCAGGCUCACUGCUGUGAUGAAACUGAGGGUCACAAGUCAAAGGAAAUGAUCUUAUUAAAUGGGAGAUUAAAUGUUUAUUGAAAAUUUUUUAAAUGUGCAGAAGUUUAAGGGAUGUAGGCAACACUGUGCACUUUUCUCAGCUAAUGAAAGAACAGUCUUCUUAAAUAUACAACAUGAUAUAUGGUGGUAAACCUUCAUUUUCCCUCCCUACAACCUUCCUUGUGCCUCCUCCUCCCCACAGAGAAGGCUGAUCCAAUUGGUUAAAUUUCUUUCAAGUGGGAUCCCUGGAUUGGAGAGCACA